UGCAAUGAGAAUGAGCUGGCAUUUAAGACUCUGGUUAGGAAGAAAUCCAUCACUGUUUCGCCUGAUCUUAUUUCAAAUAUAUUAAAAAUUGAUAGACCAAAGAUUCCUGAGAAUUCCAUUGUCUUUCCAUAUUCAAGUAAGGAGCAGGCUCUUGAAAUGACGACGGUUAUUCAACGUAUUUGUAUUGGGAGUGUCCCUUGGGAGAAUGAGAAAAGCAAAAUUGCUCACAUUGACCUUACUCCAAUGUAUAGGAUGAUAAACCGAAUUGUUGCUUGUAAUUUACAUCCGAGGUGGCAUACUGCUGAGAUUGGAUACGAUACGGCCCAACUAUUAUAUGCUAUUGUUGAACGUGAGGUUAUUAUUGAUCUACCCCUUUACAUAUUUAGCCAUGUUCGUGAAGCAUCUACUGUCGAGGAUUGCGGGCCAUGUCUUCCUAUUCCAAUAUUAAUUUCCACGAUUUUGAAGCAUAGUGGGGUUGAAUUUCAGCAUAAUGACAGUUUUAUUUACCCCAUGAGUCCGAUGGGUGUGGGUACACUUAAUAAAAGUGUGGGAGCUAUACUGGGUGUGAAACGGGUCAAGCGUGUGAAGCAACCAGCAGCGGUGCGUCAGGUUAUGGGUAGUCAAGCUGGGACUAGUUAA